UAAGGAUUUGUAGUGCGUCCAAAAUCAUACCAACGAUAAUACAGUCAUUCGACUUAGGGCAAUCUGGUAAAUCAUAGAUUGAUACAAUAAGGACCGUUUGGUAGUGUCGCAUGAUCCUCGUCACAUUACAACUCGUAAAGGCAGCUGCGGACUCUCCAAGAAUAACGUCGUCUUAUUAUAUCACUCUCUCUCCCGCAGCCACCAACCCAAGAGUCAGACUUAACCAAACCACCAAAACACUUUCUCCGGAAAAAUAAUCAGUCGACGCCUCCAAGUAAACUCUCGAAAAAGCCAUGGCCUGUUCGAGCCUCGCGAAGCUUAAUGCGGCGUCGUCUCAGUGGAUCGGCCAGCAGUCCUUCACUCAGCGCCACGGAUCGUCCACCAGCCUCUCUACUCGCCGAGUCGCCGUCCCGAUCCGAGCUAAGGCCUACACCGACGAACUCAUCCUCACCGCUAAAACUAUUGCAUCUCCUGGCCGUGGUAUACUUGCCAUCGAUGAAUCAAAUGCAACUUGUGGAAAGAGGUUAGACUCUAUUGGCUUGGACAAUACCGAGGUUAACCGACAGGCUUACAGGCAACUUCUAUUGACCACUCCUGGCCUAGGUGAAUACAUUUCAGGUGCCAUUCUUUUUGAGGAAACACUUUACCAGUCAACAACAGAUGGGAAGAAAUUUGUGGACGUGUUGCGCGAGCAGAAAAUUGUACCCGGAAUCAAAGUUGAUAAGGGUUUGGUUCCUCUACCAGGAUCAAACAAUGAAUCUUGGUGCCAAGGCUUAGAUGGAUUGGCUUCCCGUUCUGCUGAGUACUACAAGCAAGGUGCUCGUUUUGCUAAAUGGCGCACAGUUGUUAGCAUUCCUUGUGGUCCUUCUGCUCUGGCUGUUAAGGAAGCUGCAUGGGGACUAGCACGUUAUGCUGCCAUUUCUCAGGACAAUGGUCUUGUGCCCAUUGUAGAGCCUGAGAUUCUUCUUGAUGGGGACCACCCAAUAGAAAGGACACUUGAAGUGGCAGAGAAGGUCUGGGCAGAAGUCUUCUGUUACUUGGCUGAAAACAAUGUGGUGUUUGAAGGAAUCCUUCUUAAGCCUAGCAUGGUAACCCCAGGGGCUGAACACAAGGAAAAGGCUUCUCCAGAGACCAUUGCCAAACAUACACUCACAGUGCUUAAAAGGAGAGUUCCUCCUGCAGUACCAGGAAUCAUGUUCUUGUCAGGAGGACAAUCUGAAGCAGAAGCAACCCUGAACCUCAAUGCAAUGAACCAAAGCCCCAACCCAUGGCAUGUUUCCUUCUCGUAUGCACGUGCUCUGCAGAACUCUGUGCUUAAGGCAUGGCAAGGACAUCCUGAGAACGUGGAAGCUGCACAAAGGGCACUGUUGGUCCGAGCAAAGGCAAACUCCUUGGCUCAGCUAGGAAGGUACUCUGCUGAGGGUGAGGAUGAGGAAGCCAAGAAAGGAAUGUUCGUCAAGGGCUAUACUUACUAAGCCAGAGUCUGAGGCAGUUCAUUCCUUCGGGAACUUGAAAAGGAUGUAAUUUACAGCAUUUUUUUUUUGGUGUUAGCUAUAUAUGCUGAGUAAAAGCUUUUUCAUUUCUUUUUCCCCACUAGAAAGACUUGAGGGCUUGAAUAAGACCGGUGAGAAAGGAUGUGUUUUUCAAACUGUAACUUAUGAAGGUGGGAGUAGUAGUAAAAGUAUUCCUAUUUAUCAAAGUUAAUUUUCUUAAAGCACCUUGUGAUUCUUGA